CCUAAAUUUAGAAUCAGUCGGCUUAUUGUCAAAGGGAAAAGGAUAGUCCCAGUGACAAGAAAACACCUCUCACUAUGAAUUGGUUUCGAAAUUACUUGUCUAAAUUUCCUGAGGAUGUUUCCUUACUCAACAUACAUUCACCUCUGUUGCUUUCACUCAUAGCAUCUGAAGAUGAACAACAUUUUAUUUCCAACGUGAGGAGCCAUGUACCAGCCCGGGCUGUGGUGAAGCAGCCUGUCCGGGGAGCCAGUGGCAGGACUACAAUCACAACAGUUGUCCAGACUGGUGGGGACUGGAGCACCGGCCUCUUCAGUGUCUGCAGAGAUAGGAGAAUUUGUUUCUGUGGUCUGUUUUGUCCACUGUGUCUUGAGUGUGACAUCGCCAGGCAUUAUGGAGAAUGUCUUUGUUGGCCAUUGUUACCUGGGUCCACCUUUGCACUGAGAAUUGGCACCAGAGAGAGACAUAAAAUACGGGGCACACUGUGCGAGGACUGGCUGGCGGUGCACUGCUGUUGGCCUUUUUCCAUCUGUCAGGUGGCCCGGGAACUCAAAAUGAGGACCUCCCAACUCUACGAAAUCUAUGCAGCCCCUUCAACUAAGGACACCUUUACUUGACAGAGCCAGAAAACUUCUCAUCUCCCAAGCCCUUCUCUCAAAUUCCUCUUAGUAGAGAGAUUGUUCUUCUUCUUACAUUUUUACUGAAAUAGUAUGAAAAUAAAUGCUUGUCCCCCC